CCUGUGGCUGGUAACCGUUUUCACCAGCCCUUGCACCCUUGCAACCGUGCAACUGGGCAACUGGAGUACUAUUCCUACUACUACUCCUAGGCUCCUAGCUCCGUGGAGAAGGUGACCCAACCCCACCGGCACCGCGCCAAUGGAGGGCGGCGGCGACGACGACGGCGGGAGGAGCAGGGCGGAGGCGAUCAUGCGCGAGCUCGAGAGGCUGCGCGCGGAGAGGGAGGAGCUGGACGGCCGCAUCCGCCUGCUCGAGUCGCAGCUCCGCCUCGGCGCCGCUCCCCUUCCCCCCUCCGCCGCCGCCGAAGUGGAGCCCACGGGAUCGCCCUCCUCCUCCUCCUCCGCCGCCGCCGACAUGAUCAGCCGCUACAGACGCCACCUCCUCCUCCCUCAGUUCGGCCUCGAAGGGCAACGGAAGCUGUCCCAAUCAUCCAUCCUGGUGGUCGGUGCCGGUGGAUUGGGCUCGCCUGUGGCCAUGUAUCUGGCUGCUUGUGGCGUCGGUUGCUUAGGUAUUGUUGAUGGCGAUCGAGUUGAACUUGACAACCUGCAUCGUCAGAUAAUACACAUAGAAGCAUAUGUUGGACAACCAAAGGUGAAAUCAACUGCUGCUUCUUGCCGUGCAAUUAACUCCUCUAUCAAGGUGUUCGAGUAUCAUAUCACUUUGAAUGCGAGCAACGCUUUGGAUAUUAUGCGACAAUAUGACAUAGUAGUUGACGCAACAAACAACCUGCCUAGUCGGUACAUGAUCAGUGAUUGUUGUGUCCUGAUGAACAAGCCUCUUAUAUCUGGUUCAGCAGUAGGUUUGGAAGGACAGCUGACUGUUUAUCAUCACAACGGAAGUCCAUGCUACCGGUGUCUUUAUCCAAACCCACCAUCGUCGCCAACAUCGCAGAGUUGUUCCGAUAAUGGUAUUCUUGGAAUUCUUCCAGGAGUAAUCGGCUGCCUUCAAGCAUUAGAGGCUAUAAAGGUUGCAACUGCUGUUGGUAAACCUCUCUGUGGAAGAAUGCUACACUUCGAUGCACUGUCCUCUCAUACCAGGAUCGUCAAGAUCAGUAGGAGUUCACCAACUUGCAAGGUCUGUGGAGAAAAUCCUGUUUUCACCAAAGAGGACUUCGUGAACUUUGAUUACGAGAGCUUCACACAAUCUCCAAUGUCCAAAAAUUCGACGACGCGGAGCCUGAAUCUUCUCCCGGAGAACGCCCGGGUGAGCUGCAGAGACUACAAGAAGGUGCUCGACAGCGGCAGGCCGCACCUGCUGGUGGACGUGCGGCCGUCGCACCAUUUUCAGAUAGCGUCCAUGGCUCACUCCAUCAACGUCCCGCUCUCGCUGCUGGAGGAGAAGCUGCCACUGCUGCGGGACUCGGCGAGGGAAGUGUCGUCGCGGCGCGACGGGCGGCAGCACUGCCCUGUGUACGUCAUCUGCCGGCGAGGCAAUGACUCCCAGGUCGCCGUGCAGAUCCUCCGCGAGAAUGGGUUCCUGUAUGCGAGCGACGUCGCCGGUGGGUUUGAGUCCUGGGCCAAGGAAGUCGACCCCAGCUUCCUUCUCUACUAGCCAGAUGCUUUACAUAGUUGAUAGUUGCAACUUGCAAGUAACUUGUACUAGAGAUUAGAGAAAAGGACAUAUGUAGUUGCCUUGAAGGUUCAAACAUGAGUCAGGUGCCUAAUGUUAAAUGUAAUCCAUUUCCAGUGUAUAAAAGAAAAAAAAAUGAAGGCUCAAAUAGAUGUGAUUGAUAAUAUGAUUGUAUUUA